AUGCGUCUCGGGCGCAUAGCUCGCCCUACUGAUGAAGUCCUCGGGCGAGAUGUACGCCCCGCGGAGCCACCGGCUGCCGCCGCCCGCGGCGUCGAACGCCUUGCGUCCGUGCAGCACGCGCAUGUUGUCGAAGAAGACGGCCUCCCCGGGCUCCAUCUUGGUCUCGUACAUGGCCGACUCCUCGUUGACCAGGGCCUCGAAGAUCUGCGCGCCCUCGAUCCAGCGGUUCAGGUCCCGCCCCCCGCCGCGGAACGGCUUCUGGAAGGGCGGGCUCCAGUAGACGCCGCCGUAGACCUGGGUCGCGGACGUGUUGGCGUUGAGGACCUGGCGGGCGCGCAUGUACCGGUGGCCGUACUUCUCGUAGCCGUACAGGACGUUGGUCUGGGUGAGGUUCUUGAUGGGGGCCUGGUCGCGGAGCGCCCACAUCAUUCGGCCGACGCGGGACUCGCCGCCGCUGCAGGAGUUGUCCAUGCAGUGCAGGACCUGGAUCUUGGGGGGCGGUUGGAGGUAGAGGAGGUCCUGGUGCAGGCCGAGGUAGCCGCUCGUGUAGGCGACGUUCUCCGCGUUGGGCUUGGCCCGGACGUCAAAGGUGCGGCCGUAGAAGGUCUCGCGGAUGUUGGCCAUGCGGGUCGUGAUCUCGACAAUGGAGCUCUCGUCGCGGGGCACGUUCUUGAGGAAGACGAUGCCCAGGCGCACGAGAUCCUGCACGACGUCCCAGAAGGCGCCCUCGCCCUUCAUGUACUCGUGGUAGUCGAUCCUGCGGACUUUUCUCGAGAUGAUAUCGGCGUCCCAGUGCUCGAGGCCGAAGCGACGCUGGAGCUGGAACAUUCUGGGAUUAAUCGGCUCCGUGCCGCGUGA